CUUCCAGGUGUGCACGGACAGGCGUGGCUGCUCUGCCUUAGCUACGCCCACUCCAGUGUCUGGGCGUAGUUUGCACAGGUGAGGGGAGAAGCCGCCGAUUGCAGCAACUUCAGGAAGGGAUCAGCCUGCGCCCGAGCAGUAUAGGUGCACUAUAGCAUUUACAUCUGCGGGAUAUGAACUAUAUACCGGGACACCACGUACAUACAUGCAAUAUAGGAACAUGGUAGAUCAUAGCGCCGUAUUCAAUGCUUGAUAAGGGGACACACAAAACACACUGCUGGAAGAAUCUUUUACUUUUAAGGAGGUGAGUGAGUGAUAUAGAAGCAGUGGUGGGAAUUACUGUAUUUUAAUUUGUAUGAGGCAGUGAGUUUGUGGCUCUAUUCUUGUAAGAAGACUCGCCAUAAUCUUCCCUGACAAUGUGGGUUGUUCACACUGUGUGACAAGUAAGGGAAGCUCAUUGUGUCACUAUGAGCUUGUGUCAAUCACAAAGCCCCAGAGCUGCUGUAUGUCAGUGUUACAAUCUGUAUGCAUUGUGCAUUGUAUAGAAAUGUGUAUGCAUGACGCCUGGGGAGAGAGUGGCUGGGUGUAUGGGUGACACAUAGGGUAUGUCUUUCUGUCACUGCUAAUGGAUGCUGUUUAUGGUAGAGAUAUAAAUACUGUACUGUUUAUGUACGGAUGAUUAUUUUGAAAAGUGUGUGUGAAUCUCAAAUGGUGUGACCGCUUUCACAUUGCACCCACAAUUAAUACAUAAGUCCGUUGUACAAAGGGUCAUACAUUUUAAGUUAAAUCAAAAGCGUCAAAAUUUAUAUUUGCACAAAAAUACAUCCACAUCAUUGUAGGUAAGCACCAAAUUGUAAGUCGGUAAGAGAACGUACACUAUUAUUUUAAAUAAUCCGUAUUCCAUGCUGGAAAACAUUUCAGUCUGCUGCUAAUUUUUCCAUUACUAUUUAUAUAUGCAAUUGAGGCAAUCGUAUUGGGGUAUAGCAUUCUGAGGACACCUACAAGGGGGGUUUCAGGUUAGAGGAGAUACAAAGACACUUCAAAGGAGCAUUAGUCCAUCUUCAAGACUUGAUACAGUCAUUGAGAAAGUUAGGCCAGAGUGUCCUUGCAUUGGGGAUACCCUCUUCUGGGGUGAAAUUUACUGGGUCAUUCCCAGUUCUCCUGAACAACAAAUUGAUAAAGGGCAGCUCUCAGGAUGUCGGUGGAGAAGAGACUGAAGGAACUUGAGGACAUGUUUCUCAGAGGCCCAUACGGAACUGGCUGUGACUCAUUAAGCGUGGAGACCCUUCUAGAUGUACUCAUCUGCCUGUGUCAGGAAUGCAAUGCAGCACCUCUCCGACGGGACAAGAACGUGACCGAAUUCCUGGCAUGGGCUGAACCAGUUACAUCAAAAAUCAAACAGAUGAGACUCAAAAGAGAAGAUUUUGAGAUUUUAAAAGUUAUCGGUAGAGGGGCAUUUGGUGAGGUAGCUGUGGUGAAAAUGAAAGGUAGUGGUAAGAUCUUUGCUAUGAAAAUCCUUCAUAAAUGGGAGAUGCUGAAACGAGCAGAGACGGCUUGUUUCCGUGAAGAGAGGGAUGUUUUAGUGAAAGGAGACACCCAGUGGAUCCCUAGUUUACAUUAUUCUUUUCAUGAUGACAAUUAUUUGUAUCUGGUGAUGGAUUACUAUGUUGGGGGAGAUCUGUUAACUCUUCUUAGCAAGUUUGAAGACCGGCUACCAGAAGACAUGUCCCGAUUUUAUUUGGCUGAAAUGGUGUUAGCAAUAGACUCAAUACAUCAACUGAACUACGUGCAUAGAGACAUAAAGCCAGAUAAUAUUCUCAUUGACAUGAAAGGCCAUAUCCGACUUGCUGACUUUGGCUCCUGUCUGAAGAUGAGGCCGGAUGGCAUGGUGGAGUCAUCGAUUGCUGUUGGAACCCCGGAUUAUAUUUCACCAGAAAUAUUACAGGCCAUGGAGGAUGGCAAGGGGAAGUAUGGCACGGAGUGUGACUGGUGGUCUCUUGGCGUCUCAAUGUAUGAACUUCUCUUUGGGGAAACUCCUUUCUACGCGGAGUCUCUGGUAGAGACUUAUGGAAAAAUAAUGAAUCACGAGGAACAUCUGCAGUUCCCACCUGACAUCACAGAUGUCUCAGAUGAUGCAAAGGAUCUCAUUAAACGCCUUAUUUGCCGACAAGAGAAGCGGCUUGGAAGAGGAGGCGUUGAUGACUUCAAGAAACAUUCCUUCUUUAUCGGAAUAGAUUGGGAUAACAUACAUAAAGCUAUUCCACCCUACAUCCCAGAAGUGGACAGCCCAUCGGAUACCUCAAACUUUGAUGUGGAUGAUGAGUCCUUGAAACAUUCGGAAACAUUACCGCCCAACAAUCACAAUGGCUUUGCUGCACAUUUCCUUCCUUUUGUGGGAUUUACCUUUACAUCCAACUGCUCAUUAUCAGACAGAGGGACACUGAUGAGCUGCGUAGUCCAUAAUGGCAUAGGGACCAAACUGGGACAAGAAACAGAACGUAUUAAAGACCUUGUACAGAAGCCCCAUAUUUCAUACUCUGACAUUGCCAAAGACAAUGAGAUUCAGAACAUGAAGGCAGAAAUGGAAGUUCUAAAGAAGAAAUUAUCAGAAAAGUCCACAGAGCAGGAUUCCAUAUCUGGAGUGCAGAUUCAGUCCCUGGAGAAACAGAUCAGGAACCUUGGGCAAGAGAAAGAUCGAUGUACCAAAGAGCUCUCUGAAGUGCUGGAGAAGCUGAAAUAUCAAGGAGGGGAACUAAAGGUGGCUCUAGAGAAGCAGAGGAGGGUGCAGGAGGAGUUGCGUGGGGUAGAGGAGAGGUAUGAGGGCCUAAAUUCUCAAAAUGGACGCCUGUCUCGCAGACUGAAAGACAAGGAAGAUGAGACUGAGGCAUUAGCAGAGAAAGUGAGGAUACUGAGAAGAGACCUGCAUAAGGCAGAGGCCAGUAGAAGGGAGGCUGAAUCAUUAGUGGAGGACUUAACCAUAGAAGUGGAGAGACAAAAGAAAUUACUAGGGAGAAGCGAGGCACUGGCCACGCAGACUUUGGAGGACCUGGUAACAGCAAAGGCACAGCAGGCUGUGGCUUCUCCUGUCAUUAGUGGCUCACUCCAUACUUUUGAACUGAUCCAGCUGAGAGGAGAACUUGAGAGACGGGGCCAACAAAUGGAAGCAGACCUUACCCAACUGAGAGACGAGUUUGCAUGCCGGGAGGCAGAACAUGCAAACGAGACCAAAUUGCUUCGCAGGGAACUUGGAGAGAAGGAAGAGCAGCUAAUAUCACUGAAGCAUGAGAUGGAGGGAAUGCAGGAGUCCAUUGGUAAAACAAGAAAUGACAGUGUUCGAGAGCAAGAGGAGGAACUUCAGGAAAUCCAGAAGGCAAAUGAACGAGAGAAAAAUCAGCUUAAGAAAGAGAACAAGAAACUUAAGGAAGAACUUGAAAGGAUUACUGCAGCGUCCGAAAAGAUCUCCAUGUCUCAGAAGCGUUUGGAAGAAGAAGUCCGAUUACUGGAAGAAAAGAGAGAGACUUUAGCUAAUUGGGAAGCCCAAAUCACAGACAUUCUUCAGUGGGUGAAUGAUGAGAAACAGUCCCGUAUUUAUCUACAAGCUCUAUCAGUGAGGAUGACUGAAGAGCUGGAGGCACUGAAGAGUUCCGGUGGGCAAACCCCAUCCAGCAAAACAGUGGAAAGCCAAUGGAAAGCUCGCAGACUGCAGAAACUGGAGGCUUCAGGCCGCCUGGAGCUUCAGUCUGCCCUUGAAGCAGAGAUAAGAGCUAAACAGACCAUCCAGGAGGAACUGAACAGGCUCAAGUCUGAAAGCCUGGACACUGACAGGAAGCUGCUGGAAGCAGACGAAGUAAACAAGAAGUUAAGAGCAGAAUUAGAGAAGUUACGCGAGGAAGCUAAAUCAAAGGGGACAACAGAAAACAAGCCACAGCGUUCUCUCAUCCCCUUCCUGUCAUUCCGCUCUGAGAAGGAUUUGGUCACUGCAGACAACUCAGACCAGCUCCAGUCGCUAAACAAUGUCAGCAUGAGACGGGGAGAUAGAACUGAUUCUGUUAAAAAUAAAGCCAACAGGAGGUCUGCAGGAGUCAUAGAAGAGGUGUCCGACAAGCCCAAGACACACACAUUCAAGGUGAAAAACUUUAUAUCACCAACAAAAUGUAUGCGCUGCACGUCUGUUAUGGUUGGACUGGCACGGCAAGGAGUGUGCUGUGAAGUGUGUGACUACGUCUGCCAUGUGCACUGCUGUGAGGGUGCCAAUAUCUGUCCAUCCCCUCCUAGUCAUUAUAAGAAGAUUCUUGGAGUGGACCCAGUCAGUGGCAGCGGCACAGCUCUAGAAGGCUACUUAUCGGUCCCCAAGCCAGCUGGAGUGAAGAAGGGCUGGCAGCGAGCCUAUGUGAUUAUAAGCGACUUCAAGAUCCUUGUGUACGAUGCCAGCCCCCCGAGUAAUGCAGCUAUUAUACAGGCCAUUGAUAUGAGGGAUCGUCAUUUCUCAGUUACUUCUGUCUUAGAGUCUGAUGUCAUUCAUGCCAACCCAAAGGAUGUUCCCUGUAUAUUCCGGGUGACCUUCUCCCAGCUUUGCUCCCCGCUCACCACGCCCUCUCAGCUUCUGCUGGCAGAUACUGCAGAGGAAAUGCAGAAAUGGCUACAGGUGCUGAAAGAGCUUCAGUCACUCCUGCGGGAACAGGGACCACAGGACUGCUCUGUCCGGGUGUUGAAGGAGGCCUAUGACAGUGCAUUGCCUCUCAUACGUACGGCGCUAUGUGCAGCUAUCAUAGAUCAGGAAAGAAUAGCUUUGGGUACAGAGGACGGAGUUUACCUGUUGCACAUGAAUAAAAAUGAAAUCACCCAGCUGGGAGACUGCAAACGAGUUUUGUUCCUACGCUCCGUUCCUGAAGUCCAGCAGUUGGUUGUGCUUUGUGGGAAGAGCCAUAGUGUUCGCCUGUUUUCCUGGGACCUCAUCCCAGACUCUGCUGGAGUAAAGAUCCCUGAGGCAAAGGGCUGUCAGGCCAUUGCGACUGGUUUGGUGUGCCAAGGUUCAUCAGCUGUUCUUUGUUCUGCGUCUAAGCGCCUGGUUGUUUGUUUUCAACUAACAAACCGCAAAGGUCUUCCACGUCGGAUCAAGGAGUUUCAAGCAGUGGGAGUGGUGCAGUGCAUGGACAUCUUAGGGGAACGCCUUUGUGUUGGAUAUGCUUCUGGAUUUUCUCUAUAUCCUCUCCUUAAUGAGGGGGCUCCAUUAAAUUUACCCCACCCAGAUGACCCUAAGUUAACCUUCCUGACACAAGCUGCUCCUGAUGCACUCUGUGCUGCAAGACUCACACUUAAUGAAUAUCUGCUAUGCUUUUCCACAUUUGGAAUCUAUGUAAAUGCAGAGGGGAAAAAAUCACGCUCUCAAGAGAUCAUGUGGACUGCACCUCCACUAGCUUGCUCAUACACCUCUCCUCACCUUACGGCUUACAGUGAAAAUGCAAUAGACAUCUUUGAUGUCCGAAAAAGUGAGUGGACCCAGACUGUCCAUCUAAAAAAAGUUCGGUCCUUGAAUUAUGAGGGAUCUCUCUGUGUCUUCGGGACUGAGAAAGUCCGGUUGGUCUAUAUACGUAAUAAGUUGGCUGAUCAAGAUGAGUUUGAAGUCCCUGAGACGUCGGACAACAGCCGACGGCAGCUGCUUAAGACGAAAAGUAAAAGACAUUUUUCCUUCCGAAUCUCAGAUGAGGAACGGCAACAGCAGAGGAGAGUGAUGCUGAAAGACCCUCAGAUGAGAUCAAAACUAAUCUCCAAUCCUAAAAAUUUUAAUCAUUUGGUCCAUGUUGGGCCUGGAGAUGGAAAGCAUCAGCUGAAAGAUCUGCCAGUGGCACAGGAAGAUAGGCGAAGGAGCAGUGGGCAAGAGGUGGAUGUGACCGGAAGACCUCUCUCUUCCAGUAGUGACACUGUAAAACGAAGUUCGUGCAGUUCCCAGUCAGAGGAUUCUCUGUCCCCAUCUCACAGUAUGAUCCCCUCCUCAGAUCUCCUUUUGGAGAUUUCUGAUCACACCGGCCUUCUACAGUUCUCCAAAAGUACGCCCUAAAGCCAGACCAUACAAACCACUCAAUUUUUUAUUUUACAUGUAUUGUUGGUUUUUUGUCACUGCCAGAGGUACCGCCCAAAAUACAGGGAACAGGUUCUAUUGUCAAUAAAAUCAAGCCCAACAAUUGUCAAACCAAUUUUAAAACCUAUAAUAUGAUGUUCUACUACAUGUAACUCCAGCAUUGCAUGUCAGCAUUAAUGUGCCAUGUUAUCUUCGUGUCAUUAAUUAGUGCGUGAUUUGUAUACCAUGUUAACUGCAAUUUAGUUCAUUUUAAGUUUUUUUCUGUUGUGCUAUUAAGCACAUUUCUUAGGGAAGGUACUCUUUUCAAGUACCUUCCCUAAGAAAUCACGCGUUAAACACUGGUUUUCUCAGGCCCUAAUCAAUUGUAUUCAUGAGGGGUAGGAUUUUUUUGUGAGAUUUUUUAUGGUGACCACAAACUCAAACCUUUUAUGUUGACUGAAUUUUUACACUAGAUUUCUAAAAGUUAGCAUGAAUAAACAUUUUUUUUAACUGUUGCUGGAGUGAUGCAGAGGAAGAAACGUCCAAAGUCUCUAUAAAAGUGACCAUGUUCUAACCACUUUUGAUAAUUUUUAUAUAUCCCUUAAUUUCUAGACAUGAGUCAUUUUGUACAAAAGAACACCACACUGUUACUCUUUUUUUUUUUUUUUUUUUGCCAUCCUCUAUAUAUAAAUUGUAUUACAAUGGUUUUAACUGCAAGAAGUAUCCACACAUUGAGCCAUAUAGUUUUGUAUGGAGUUUAUUAUAUAUGUACAUGGAAUUACAGACGUGUUAAAGAAAUUCUCUUUUGGAAAAUGUCCUUUUAUUCUUUGGCUGUGAAUAUACAGCACUGUGUGUAAGAUAAAAAUGUAUACAGCAUAAAUAUUAUGAAAUCUCA